AUACAAACCAUUCAGCAAAGUUUGCACAAAUUGUAUGGAUGGCUGCUACACUGAUGCGAUUAAUGAUCCUAAAAUGAAAUUGAUUUGACGACUGCGAACUUAGUUUUCCUAUGACAACGUAUAUGCCUGGUGGUAAGCUUCGCAUACGAAGAACACUGUGUAUGUAUAGUAAGUAAUAUGGCGACUACAGAGUUACAGGUUAGAAUCAGCUCGACACACUCCGGAAAUGGAGAACCUGGUUUCACGAUUUGCACGUUCUGUAACAACACAACAAAUGGGUUCGAGAAGCGUUUAUUUGCGACAACGCAACCAAAGGGACCCUUCUUUCCUGUUUUAGCCGAGUUACAGGGAAACAAAACAAAACUGGACGACCUCGGUCGAGCGGUUGUUUGUGUGGCCUGUUUCCAUCAUCUUUUGCGGCAAUGGAGCAGUUUCGAACGAAGGGGUAUUCCUGUUCGUAAACGAGAGUACAAUAUUGUCACAGAGGAGCGUGUGAACCACUAUCAGGUCCGACGAGAGGAGGAAAUACGAAAAGAAGCCGAACAUAAGAUAAAAGAAAUCCAGGAUCGCGAAGAAAGAAUCCGACGAGAAGCCGAAGACAGGUUCGAGAAAUACCAACAGCGUCAAGCGGAGAUCCGACGGGAGGCCGAGCAAAGGCUACUCGAGGAACAAGCCAAAGCUGAGGAGUUCAAAAAGCAAGCAACAUCUCAACUCAAAGAGGAGCAACAGCGGGAAGAAGAGUUACGACGACAGGCUGAAGAUCGAAUUCAGGAAGAAAAAGAGAAACGAGAGUACAUUCGGCAAGAAGCAGAAAGACUCCUUCGGGAAGAGAAGCUAUUGGACGCACAGAGGUCAAAGCAAGGUUCCAUAUCGCCAAGCCUUGAUAAAGUAACAACAUACCGGACUGAAGUUAUUAUUCCUUCCACCGCCAAGGAAACUGUACCUUUAAGGGAAAUUACAGAUAAAGGGGAACCUGAAGAGAUGGCAGGUGUAAUUAGCGAGAAAGAGCUAGAAGCAAGACGCCAGAGGCGCAAAAUGAUGGAGUAUGAUCCAGAGACAGGCUGUUACAGGAAAAUAGCAGCAGAUGACGAUAAAGAAAAUACCAUGGUUGAGACCAAAACGGAGAGAGUGGAGUAUCGUUUUCGUCUUAGCUUAGACGAGAAAGCAAAGAAAACCUCGGAGAAGAAAGAUACCUCUUCUAAGCCUGACCAAGCGUCAGAAGACAUCACAGUCUCGAUGGAGCCGGUGAAGUCGUAUAGUGCUGAACAGACUAUUGUAUUGAACGGCGACGAUAAAUCGAAGAGAAAAAGUCGUGAAGACGAUGCUGGAGGUGAAGAGGACCCCAAAAAAGCUGGUGACAUAAUGAAAGCCAAGUUUGAAGAGGGUCGGAAGAUAUUCGAGCAAGAAUCAGUUGAAAGAAAGAGGAGUGACCCCUCUAGACAGAGGACCACGAGAACAACAUCCGACGACUCUUUGGAGGAGAAGAUCAGAGAAAUGGAAAAGAGGAGAGAACGAUUGCUUCUGAGAGGGCCAUCGAUAGAAUCUAAAGACACGUUGGGUCGAAGCCCGUCGGAAGAAGGAAAAGACUCUUCAGCUGUCAGUCCUCGUGAAGGUACAAAGAGUCCAGUGGAGGAUGGUACCAAGAAGCAGAGAACUCGCAGUGAACGAAACAAACGACGCUUGACAGCCGAGGAGAUGACUUUUAAAAAGUCUCCUGACAGCGAAGUGGAUUCAACGGGUACAGAUGCCGCAAAAAUACCAAAAACAGAGGUCAAAAAUGAAGAAUGCCAAAUAGAUACGAAGAAAGAAAGUUACAAGAUUCAAUUAAAAAAGGUCGAGAAACCAGAAAGACCAGUAGAAGACGACAUUGUCAUGACUCAGGUGAAAAAGGUUGAAACUUCGGUUGACCUCAUGAGCUGGGACGACUCCACCGAUGGACCAUCCUACGGUACUGAGCGGGACUCAUCUCCAGUUGCGCAAACAGAGCUUAGGAAGACGGCUUACAGCACUGAAGCAGAGCUAUUUCCCAGACCAUCGAAGCUAGUUGAUAUGGAGGCGCCCAUCAGUGUGGUUAAGAAAGGAGAAGUUGAGACCGCGCUUAACUCUAAGAACUUUUCAGACCUUGACGAGGCUUCAGGGAUGUCAUCAGCAUCCAUAGAGCCUAUUUCGACAUGGGACAACAGAGGUCGCACAGGUAAUUCCGCCGAGGAAGACCGAAGACGUCGCGAGAGAGAGUACGAGGAAAGGAAGCGAAGAAUCGAGGAAAACCAACGACGGGCAGCGAAAGAGCUCAAGGCGAAAAAACCGUACGAAAACGACGUGAAGCCUUGGAGCGAGGAACAGAGCCAGGAAGAGAGGCACGAUCAUGAUGUAUCUAUCAAGGAAAAGAGACGUUCGUUGCUGGAUAUGUGGGAAUCAUUUUCUGAGCCCCACACCAAUGUGAUGUCUUUUGAAGAAUACGAAGACGAAAAAAUGCCUGAAGAAAGCAACAAAGUUGUAACUCUUGAGAAAAAAGCUGUGUCGUUUGAUCCGUUGGAAGAGAAGAACGGCGAAGGAGACAUGGAGGUUGAAGUUAUCACCACAACACGAACAUCUGCGGACACUGACAUCAACCCAAAUUUGACCGAGGAGGAGCAACGAUGGGAGAGCGCUGGACAAUUCCAGCCAGGUCGGCUACAAAAAACUGUGUUCCACAGCUUGUCUGAAGCGGCCCCUGUCGAAGGAACACCGACACCAAAGCCUCGAAGGAGUCGAUACGACUGGAUGAAGGGGGAGACAGAAGACGACCAAGCGGCGCUUGUGCCAACGAAAUUGAAAAUUGACAGUCAGAGUAAUCAACUCGAAGAUGGAAAAGUAAGCAACGGUCAAGACAGAGCAAGUCCGCCCCAGCCAGUCCCAAGGAAGGUCAAGACGGAAAGCCAUGAUUUAAAAAGCAGCAGUGAGAGUGAAAGCGAGAGUGAUAAAGGAAGUGACAGCGAAAGCGAAAGUGAAGAAGAGAGGGUCCCUCGAGUCGAUACCGUUGAAGUUCACAACUCACUACUCACAAAGGAGGAGAAACAGUGGGAGCAAGCGGGUAAUUUCCAACCAAAAAAGCUAAAUCUUUCUCUGUUUGCUGGGUUUCAACAAGCACCUGCGAAUGCAGAAGAGAGACCGGCACUGAAAAAGACACAAGGAGCGUCCCAUACCUCGCGGUAUGAAAAGCCACUUGUUAACUAUGAAGAAGAGAUUCUCCCGCCAGCUGAAGUGAAAGUUCAGGAAACUGAGCCUGAAAUGGAAGACAUCAGCCCGGUUCGUGAAUUUAAAACAGAGAGUGAGCCUCUCUCAUCUUCGCUUUACACCUACGUGUAUGAGGAGGAAAGUGAUGACAACGAUGAUAUUCCAGGGUGGAGAAAGGUAGAAGAGCAACGAAGACAACAGGAACGGGAAGAAAUCGAAAGAGCAAAACUGGAGGAAAAGAGACGGCGGGAACGAGAGGCUAUGGAAGAGGAGUCACACCAGCAACUUGAUUCAAGUGACGACGAGUUUGAAACCAAAGUGCGCACAAAUGAAGUCAGGAAGAUUAAUCCAAAUCUGUUGUUUCAGUUCAUGAAGGAAGCAGACAAAGAAUCAGAAAGACCCCUGAAAUCGAUGGAACCCAAAGAGCAACAAAUAGAUGUAUCCAGUGUCUCUUUGUCAGAAUCUACACCUGUUAUUGACAGCCCCUUCGAAGACCGCUCCGCAGGAGACCAAGAAAGAGAGGUGGAGGAUGAGUAUGAAGAGAAAGUACGGAGUGGACAAAUCAGAAAGUUGAAGCUGGCUAACAGUCUUUUUCUUCAAUCCAAGGAAACGGAUAGCGUACCGGACUACCGCCGGAAUGAGUCCAGCAGCGCCAGAAUUAUCCAAGACGAAAUCUACGUAGAGAAAGUUGAACACUCUACUGUCGAGUCUGCACCAAGAAGAGACUGGGAAGAGGAAAAUAAGCCUGAAGUCGUCAACUUUGGUGGAGCGAUCUUGCAGAGUUACGAGGAGGAAACUGAAGACGACGGUAUUCCUGAAUGGCGCAAAGUGGAAGAAAAACGAAAACAGCAGGAACUGGAGGAAAUUGAAAGUGCCAGAAUAGAAGAGCAAAGAAGACGGGAACGCGAAGCGUUUGAAUCCAUUGAACAGGAAGAUGAAGACUCGAUUGAUGACGAAUUCGAAGCAAAAGUUCGAACCAAGGAGAUUCGAAGAAUCAAUCCCACUCUACUUGUUCAGUUUAUGAACGAGAAAAAAGAAGAGCCCGCAAGUACUGGUAGGCCCAAAAAGGAAAUCGUAAAAAGUCAACACCUGUUGGUUACGGAAACCACGUCCAAGGACGACAGCAAUCUUGAAGUUGCUAUAGAAAAAGAUGACGAGUUUGUCGAGGAUGAAUACGAUCUCAAAGUGAAAAAAGGGCAGGUGAACAAGCUCGUCCUUAACAAGAGUCCUUUCUUGCAAAAGCAAACGAGAGAUGAGACACCCGUGUUGAAAACUAAACCAGAACAGAAGCCCAGUAAAGUACCAAAAGAAACCUCACCUGAUCCUUUUGUGCAGGAAGAAGAGCUUGUUCAAUUGAUUGAUGAGGAACUUGUGGAGUCUUCACCUGCUACGGGUUUCCUUGAAGGAAACGAACACGAUGAGUACGAGGUGAAAGUGAAAUCCAAACUUGUUAAGAGGUUAAGUCAAGACCAGUUCAAUUUUCUUCGCAAGCAAGAGGAAGAAGAGCGUAAAAGACUUCAAGAAGAGGAGCGACGUCGAAUCGAACGCGAGGAGCGCGAAUUACUCAAAAAAGAGCAAGAGCGUAGAAAGAGGCUAGAAGCUGAAGCCCGUGCUAGAGAAGAAGAGAGGAUCCGCAAAGAAGAGGAAAUCAGAAGGCAGGAAGAGAAGGCGAGAGCUCGUAAAGAAGAAGAAAACAGGCGUCGGCGUGAAGAGGCUCAACGAGUUAGAGAGGAAGAAGAAGAACGAUUACGAAGAGAAGAAGAAGAGGAGCAGAUGCGUAUGGAGGAAAUGCGUCGGCAAAAAGAAGCAGCUAAAAGGAAAUUCCAGACCGGCAUCUUUGAUGAUGUUCCUGUGACUCGUUCUGAGAAGGAUAUUUACAGUGUAGGGCGUCUUGACGCGAACAAGUUCUUGCAAUUUCAGCAAAAUUCUACGGAAGAACCAAAGCUGAAGUCAAAACCCCGGUACGAGCAGAAGGUAACAAAAGAACCCAAGGUACCAAAAGCUGAUGUAGAAACUGUUCAAGUGGCCUCUGUUGAUUUGAUUGAAAGCAGUCCGUUUGAGGAAGAUAGAGGAUCUUUUCUAUCCGAAGACGCAGACUACGAAGAAAAACGGAAGAGUGUUGGAAAACUAGACAAGGACUGGUAUAUUAUACAGCAACGAAAGCAAGCCGAAGAAAACGAGCGGCGAGCCAAAGAAUUAGAGGAACAAAGGCUAAGAGAAGAACGUAAUGAAAUGUUAAGGUUUCAGGACGACGAUUCUACUUCUGAGGUUGUUGGCACUUUGGAAAAAAGAAGAAGCAGGCUUAGCGCCGACAAGUUUAGUGUCUUUGAACAGGAUGCUGCGGGAGGAUACGGUAGACCCAGAAAAACCCAGAGGGAAGGUUCAAUCGUGGUUGAAAAGAGGGAAGAAGUUCAAUCUACACCUGCUGAAAUACAAGAGUGUGAAAUUAAUGAAGAGAUUAGGACAAAGAAUUAUGAUGAUGGCAGUGUUAUCAUUCUCGGAAUGGAUGAUUCCGAAACGGCCCGGCGGAAAAUGCGUCUCCAGCGGGAAAGAGAUGAGAAAGAACUGCUUCGCCAAGAGGAGGAAAGGAGAAGAUUGCUUGCCGAGGGAAGUUUGGACUUCCGUGCUAGUGAAGCAGAGAGUGAUAAACCCAAGAGUGUUGGAAAACUGAAUUACGAACAAUUCUCUGUGUUCCAGCAGGAAGGAUCAGUCGCCCCGAAAGCAAAACCGCGCAAGCAGGAUCCGCAAGUAAUCCAAGAAGUUGUCAAUGUCAAAAGCCAGGAGGUAGUUGAAAGCUCUCCAGUCGAUAUGAACGAAGCUUAUGUUGACCGCGGGGGUCCCUCUGAGACUCAAGAAGAUGUUGAGUUUGAGAAAAAGAUCAACGCAGGCCAGAGACUUGAUGUGGAUAAGUUCUUGAAUGCCAGGUCUCACGAGUCAGUUGAGAGAACACAGCGUGCUAAACGAAUGGCAGAGGAGAGAAUGCGUCGGGAACAGGAAGAGUUGGCCAAGUUAAGAUUAGAGGAACAAAGGCGGAUGCAAACGGAAGUAGACGCAGGCUAUGAGAAAGAGAGUGAUCUUAUUCAGACACUGGAAACCGGAAGCAGGAAAUCAAUUUCCGACUCCGAUUCUGAAAAGAUUGAAAGAAAAACAUCGAAACCCAAGGAACAUGAGCUAGAGAGUACUGAUAAAGGUGUUGGUGUUGGUCGUUUACCGGAGGAACUUCGUUUACAAUUUGAAAGUGAUAGCCAAAAUUCAAGUUCUCGUCGUCAGUCCACUAAGAUCAAAGGCCCAAGAUCACUGACAGACGAGGAAUCUACAAGGACAAACUCGAUUGAAAGUCUCCGCAGUAUUUCUGGUGAAAGUCUGUCUUCUGGGGCGCGAGAUAAAGAUAUGAAUGGCACCGCUGGUACCUUUGAAAAAUUGUCGUCCUUGGAGAGGAGGGAGUCUAGUCAAGAAACUCAAGUGGAAGACAUAACAAUUGAGUCAUACUCUCCAGAGGAAAAACCAAUUCCUAAGAAACUCAACACGAGUAUGUUUGCUGCCUUUGAGAAGAGCAACAGCGAACCAGUACAGCUCCGGCGUGCAAAGAGUGAAAAGCGUGCGAGACCGAAGAGCAUUGGGAACGUGGACUUAUUGAUAUGGCAAGAUGACUCCAAUCUUUCCCAGCCUCCCUCCGCUGUUUCAAGAGGGACGUCUGGGCGCCAGCCAAGACCAAAAAGCAUUGCAUUUUGAGCAACGAAUGUUUUUCAAUAAUCAAUGAAAUAUAUUAUGAUGUAGUGAUUAGAGCUUAAUUGGGUAGCUAGAAAAAUCACGAUAAACUUUGUAUUGAAAUUUAAAAAAAUUCGGUGGGUCCAGACAACGAACGAUUCACGUUUGAUUAAAUUUAAUUUUGGGGGUUCUUAUAUCAUGAUACAAAAAAGGGCAGGGGGGGGGGGAAGGCACAUCUCGCUUUAGCGUGCUCAGCGUACUUUAAGAUAACUUAAUAAAAUACCCUACUGCUAUUAAAAGCAUUUUUUUUUUUUACGUAAUUGGAUUUAUAAGGCUUUUUUGUACACAGCAUUAACAGUUUUGGUAUUAGCAAGUCAGAGUAUGACCACCUUUCCUUCACCAUCUGAGAAUCAACGUAAGAAAGAGAAGAAAAUGGCGAAAACUUGAAAAAAAUAGUCAACAUUAAAGUAAAAUUUGGGUAAAUAUGAAAUAUGUUUCCAAUGUUAAGUUACUGUUUACUUAAAUCUGUAAGCAAUUCAUUAUGAUUAACCUCUUUUUAAUGACCAAGUCGACAAGAAAUGGUUUAACUCUUGAAGAAUGUGACUUUAAGAUGCAUUGUUGACUGUCAUCAUUCUUCGUUACGCAUAACUCUAAAAUCACAAACGAGAGCCCGUUUUUAUGGAACAAAGAUGUCGAAGAACUGGCUGUACCCCUCAGUUCUCAACGAAGUUCGUUUUUCGUAGAAUUAUAAAAGAAAAGGUUUGAUAUAAAUAUCAGUCUUUUAGAUAUCAACAAUUCGCGGAGUCGUUUCACAGGUUUUUUCAAAAUUUUGUAACAAGAUAAAACAUAAGCACCGAGAAAUCACUAACUCUUUUAACUCUCAAGAUCUGAUUGUGAAUUCUCCCCUCUAUCUGUUACACAUUUCCUUGUAAAUUAGUUACGGGAAUUUGUUUUCUGGUCAAGGUAACAACAGCUUCUACCAGAUAAGUGAGCGUAUUCUCAUCACCUGUUUGUUGAACAAUGUAAAGUGUUAUUAGGAGAAGUUACAUGUUAAUUGCCACUACGAUGUCACGAUCGUCUCUGAUCUGUCGUAGUAUGAAUAAGUAAAGUAAUAUUUCCAAAACGA